GGACCUACCCACAAUGUUACCCGUUAGAUGUUCUCAUCAUGUAAUUAGGUAACUGACAAUACUUGUACCUCUUCAUUUUUCUCUCCGGCUUUCAUUCAUUCAACAAACUUUCUUCUUCACAACAUGGCCUCAUUACAAAACCAAGAGCAACAUGAUCUUAAUGAUCCCACAAUUGCCGAUAAAACUCCACUCCCACCACCACCAUCCAUGGACAUACAAUUUUCUUCGGGUUCCGAAUUAUCAUUAGUAACACCGAAAAAUGAAUACCAUGUGGAUGAUAAAUUGAAAUUAGGCACGAGUGAGACGGUACAAUCUGCAUCGUCUCACCCGCAAUCUAAGAGAGUCUCUAGUAAAGAUCGUCACACAAAAGUAGAAGGACGCGGGCGACGCAUACGGAUGUCAACCACAUGCGCCGCCCGCGUGUUCCAACUAACACGCGAAUUAGGCCACAAAUCGGAUGGCGAGACCAUCCGAUGGCUCCUAGAGCACGCGGAGCCCGCCAUAAUAGCCGCCACGGGGACUGGAACCGUCCCCGCAAUCGCCAUGUCAGUAAACGGGAGCCUCAAAAUCCCCACCACCCCCUCCCCCUCCCCUAGCGACAACACCUCCAAACGGCGUAAACGUCCCGCAAACAGCGAAUUCGUGGAGAUGGAAUCGAAUUCCACGCUCUCAGCUCCUCUCAUGAUAUCAUCCACACCACCAUUAGUACCCAUGUUCGCGAUUCCAUCGAACGCGGGUCCCACUUAUUGGAUGAUGAAUCCAGCAGCGAGUCAAGUCCCUCAGCUAUGGACACUCCAUGCUGCCGCGCCAUUAAUCAGCGUUUCUAAUUCUGCACGGCCUAUUUCGUCGUUGUUGGCGUCCAUGCAGCCGGUGGAAUUGAAGGCUCAGUCUUCUGGGGCUGCCACCGGUAAUAGUGAUAUGAAAAAUUCGAAUACGAAUCACUCUGGAGCAAGUUCAUCAAAUGAGUCGGGUAAAACAAAUUUUAGUUUAGAGGUUUGCGAUAAAGAGGAGCUUCAGCUGAUGGGAAGAAAAUGAUCUGGCUGCUAAUUCAUUAUUGGAUUCUCAGUUCUACUACUCAUAGUUUUUCUGUUUGUUUUGUAGUUAUCAUCAGUUCCCACUUCCCAGCUAAUCAUUUUUUCCUUUUAAUCUUCGGGAAAUACAAUUUACGUGAGAAAGUUUAUAGUUGAAUUCUA